AGAAGUCUGCUGCUGAAGUGUUGACGGGUUUGUGUCUGUGUUUCUGAUGAAAGUCACGGCACACUGAGCCUCUGUAAUGCCAUGCAUGUAUGAAUGUAUGAGAGGAGUUUUCUGUUCUCUAAUGUGUGAUAUGUGAGCGUGUUGCUGUCAGAUGCUCCAGUGCUCUUUCCUCUGAGGUUUCCAGCACAAAGCGUGUCUGUGAUCGUCUCACCUCCUCAUUGUUCUGCCUGUGGUUUGUCAGUGGUGUGUUUCUCAGAAGAGUCUGUUGUUAAAUGUCACGUGUGUGUGUGUGUGUGUUCAGAGCGCAGCUCCUCGGAUCCCGGCAUGUAUCCGGCCGCGGAGCCUCCUGCAGGACGCAGUCACACGGGUCAGCUCUUCUUCGAGUAUCUGCUGGUGGUCAGUCUGAGGAAGAAGAGGAACAAGGAAGAUUACGAGCCCCACAUCACCUACCAGUUCCCCAAGGUCAGACCACGUGAGGUGAUGGGGCGUCUGCAGCGCGAGGAAGAGGAGAAGUGCAUGAAAGCCGCUCAUCUCUUCUGCUUUCCAGAGGGAAUCAACUGGGCUCCUCUGACCGAAUACAAGAGCGAGACGUUCUCGUUCGUUCUGACUGAAGUAGAUGGCAGCCGGAGGAACGGAUACUGCAGGAGACUGCUGCCGGCCGGCCGCGGCGCUCGUGUUCCGGAGGCGUACUGCAUCAUCAGCCGCGCGGCGUGUUUCGGACUCUUCUCAAAGAUCUUCGACGAGGUGGAGAAGCGGCGGCAGAUCUCUAAAGCCAUGAUCUAUCCGUUCAUGCAGAGCCUGCGGGAGGCGCCGCUGCCCUCGCCCGGAAACACCGUCAGCAUCAGCAGCUUCAUCCCGGACGCCGGCACAGAGAUCAUCAGUCUGACGCGGCCGGCCGAGUCCUGGCUCGAACACGUGGACUUCCACACGCUCUUCCGCUGCCUGAACGAUGAGGAGGUGCUGAUGGUGUUCGCCGCCACCGUCACGGAGCGACGGAUCAUCUUCAUCUCCGAGGAGCUCAGCACUCUGUCGCAGGUUCUUCACGCUGUAGCUGCUCUGCUGUAUCCGUUCGUGUGGCAGCACACGUUCAUAUCAAUCGUUCCUACGGUUCUGAUCGACGUGUGCGCCGCGCCGACACCGUUCCUGCUGGGGGUCCAGAAGAACCUGCUGGAGCAGCUGACGGACCACAGCGACCUGAUGAUUGUCGAUCUGUCGCCUGGAGCAGAAACUAAAUUCAUUACCAGAAUGGGAGACGAGGAGUCGCUGCUGCCGGCUAAACUGAAGGAGGAGCUGCUGUCGCGGCUGUCUGCGCGCAAACACCACGCCUCGACGGAGGAGCUGAACCGGCUGGUGUCGGAGGCCUUCCUGAGCGUCUUCGUCCAGAGCGUGGGGCACUUCUCGCAGCACGUCAGGAGGAGCGCGAGCUCGCGCCGGUUCCACAAGAAGAGCUUCCUGAAGGCCGUGGAGCACAGGUCGCACCUGAACUUCGUCAAGCUCUUCAUCCAGACGCAGAUGUUCGAUCUGUUCAUUCAGGAAGAGGAAGCGCAGCCCAACCCUAACGGUACAAACACACACUCCAGUUUAAGAAGCUCUAACUCACGCUUCCAGUCAGAACUGUCUGGAGAACCUCUUGAGCGCAAGGCGUUCCUCAAAGGUUCUUCAAACACAUCUAUGAAGCUUUUUUCUUUUUCUUUAUGGAACCUAAAUGAAGACUCUUUUGAUUGA